ACAUUCGGAUUUCAUACUUGACUGAAUUAUCUUGGUAUAGUUAAAGUUAACCUUGUAGUUUCGUUUUCGACAUUUUCAAUAACGUUUUAUUAGUGAGUGUGUCGGGGUCUCUAAUGCUACUUGAUAUCACCGCGAUGCAAUCGGUUACAUGUGAUAUGAAUGCAAAGAAUGCGCAAAUGCAGGAUUAAUUUGUUGAUAACAUACAACUUAUCGAGGAUCAACAACCUCUUUAUUGCCGCUAUCGUGUAAAGUCCUCUUUAAUAAUUGCUCUCUCAUCUCAGUGAAGCUCAUUCUUUCCAGACUUGUAGUGAAAUUUCAUACCGUUCCUUGACUUUUCCCAGACGGUAACGUCGACCGAUCCUUUUGUGAAAAGCCAAGUAUGAGUUAAUCCAAGACUUCUAAUCUGAAGUCCAAAUAUUGCUACAUACGAUGUUAUUGCUUCAUCUUGUGUGAUUGUUUUUAAGGUUCGACCUUCGUCAAAACUACUUAUCACUGCAUGUCAGUUUGUUGUGUACGUACCUUAAAACUAGUUCAAUGCUGGUGAAACGGGUGCACUUGAAUUUAAGAUUCUAAGGUAGUCUAUAGUUUCUCAUGACUGAGUCCAAACACGUUCGGCCAUGAUUGAGGAAAAUCAACUGGCUGUAACGUCUGCAAGUGGCGUCGUUUUUGCGAUUCCUCCGGGUCAUCCAGGCUGGAUAGAAUCAACAUUUUGCAAGCGAGAAUGCUCCAGAUACGUUUGCAGCUCCGACAAAGGCCCACUGUGUACUUGCGGCCGAACGUGGACGUAUCACAAGACUCACGGAAUCAAAAAUGUUGGCGUGUCGGAAGAAGUUUGGUCCCCUGCCCAUCAUACUGUCAGCAGCCCAACCGACUCUUAUGGCACCAUCGAUUUCUUGGGCGGCCCACAUCCCAAUAAAGCUCAAUUCAUCCGGCUGGGCUUUGAUUCAGGCACCGACCAUAUUUUUCAACUGCUGACCCGUGAAUGGGGACUUGAAUUACCUAAACUUGUCAUCUCCGUACACGGUGGCAAAGUUAAUUUUAAACUUAAUCCACGACUCAAGCUCGUCUUCAAAGAGGGACUCCUUCGAGCAGCUAAAACUACGGGUGCAUGGAUCUUGACGGGUGGGACCAGUACGGGAGUGACUCAUCAUGUCGGCGAUGCUUUGAUAUCAGAACGUUCUCCUCGAUUACGAAGUGGCCGUGUCGUCAGUAUCGGCGUCGCUCCCUGGGGUGUGGUGGAAAAUCGAGCUUCACUGAUCGGCCGGAAGAAGGAUGUCGCCUAUCAAUCGAUCGAUCAUCCGCGUUCCAAAUUCGCUGCUCUCAACAAUCGACACUCGUAUUUUCUACUGGCUGACAACGGAACUGUGGGUCGUUAUGGAGCGGAGAUCGCCCUGCGGAGGAAACUGGAGAAAUACAUAUCCAGCCAACGGCUUCCGGCUCGAACUAAUUGUUCUAUUCCUGUUGUCUGUUUGGUCGUUGAGGGCGGAAUGGACACUAUCAGGACCGUGCUGGAAUACGUAACGGAUUCGCCACCUGUUCCAGUAGUUGUGGUGGAAGGCUCAGGCCGGGCAGCUAAUCUGAUUUCCUUUGCGCACAAAUACGCCAAAGAGAUGGAGGAAUCAUCGACUGCUUUGGACGGAAUACGAGAACAACUGCUGGCUGAAAUCCAGAAAACAUUCAAUAUCAGUCAGUCUCAGACGAAUAAAUUGCUUGCCGAACUUCUACAGUGCGUCGAAAAUGUGGAUCUCAUCACCAUUUUCAAACCGUCAGAGACCUCGGAAUCAAAGUCACUGAAUCAGCUGGAUCGUGCCAUUCUUUGUGCACUUUUCCGUGCCCGUUACUUGACAGCUGCCGAACAACUUAGUUUGGCUUUGGCUUGGAAUCGAGUCGACAUUGCCCGUUCCGAGAUCUUCAUUUACGGCCAAGAGUGGGCCGAUGGAGCCCUGGAAGAAGCCAUGAUGGAAGCCUUGGCGAGAAAUCGCGUGGACUUUGUAAAGUUGCUGCUGGAAAUGGGUGUGCAAAUGGCCAAAUUCUUAACCAUCCAUCGAUUGGAAGAACUUUAUAAUUCCAAACAAGGUCCAGCCAAUACGCUGAGGUACAUCGUUCGUGACGUCCGUCCACAUUUGCCUCGCAACUAUUCUUACAGUCUUAUCGAUAUCGGCUUGGUCGUCAACAAGCUGAUGGGCGGUGCUUAUCGUUGCUCCUACACCCGACGGAAAUUCCGUCACAGCUACACCGACAUGAUGAAAAAUUUCACUAAAGAAACUCCGAGUCGCAAUGUUCUAAACCAUGGAUUAAGUCAGUAUAUUGAAUCCGGCCACCUGAGCCUCAUUGAAGACCUUCAAUAUCAUGUUGAGCCAUCACACAAUAUGUUUACUCAGCCAUUCAACGAACUUUUGGUUUGGUCCGUGUUGACCAAACGCCAAGAUAUGGCCAAGUUGAUGUGGCACCAUGGAGAAGAAUCGUUGGCUAAAGCUCUGGUGGCCAGCAAACUCUACCAAGCCAUGGCGAUUGAAGCAGCUGAUGACGAUUUAGAAGUGGAAAUUAGCGACGAGUUGCGCAGUUAUGCGGCCGAAUUUGAUCGCGAGGCUCUCGAGUUGCUCGACUAUUGUUACCGUCAAGAUGACGACCUCGCCAUGCAAUUGCUGACCUGCGAAUUGUCCAACUGGUCCCGGCAAACUUGCCUGAGGUUGGCGUUUGCGUGUAAUCACCGAGAAUUGCUGGCCCAUCCAGGUUCUCAGUUGAUUCUGGGUGAUUUGUGGCUGGGCGGAUUGCGGACUCGUCGCUCAACCAACUUGAAAAUUGUUCUGGCCAUCAUCUGUCCACCACUGAUCCUUCAAUUGGAAUUCAAAUCGAAAGAAGAGCUCCAACUGAUGCCGCAAACUGAAGAGGAGCACAUGAUCGACUUGAAAGACGAAGGCGAUCCUUCUGAAAUGAAUCACCAUUCUUCGUCCUGUAGCUCUUCACCGAUCGUUUCCACGCAAACCGAUCACAUCAAAGCCAACAAAGCGAAACGUGCCAAUACGUUCAAAUGUGUUGAGCCCAGCAAUAGUGACGAUCCAGAAUGUAACUUUUGCACUAACGACAUAGACAGCGAUAGUAAUAACCUCCCUCCAUCGCAAACUGACAGCAUCGAAGGUGUUAAAAACAUUCACAGCGAAACGAUAGGUCCGGGAUGUGCAGCGCUUCACCACCACCAUCAGUUGCCAUUUACUCGAAAGCUGUUGGAAUUUUACGCAGCCCCCAUUACCAAGUUCUGGACCUGGACCAUCGCAUAUUUCUUCUUUCUCGCCGUUUACACGUACACUUUACUAAUCCGUACACCUCCGAAUCCGGAGUGGAACGAGUACUAUGUCAUAGUGUACAUUGCCAGUUUCGGAAGUGAGAAAAUACGAGAAAUCUUGGCCAGCGAACCGGUCAACCUCAAACGUAAAUUGCUCGUCUGGGCCUCGAGUAUGUGGAACUGUUGCGAUGCUUUCUUCAUUGUCGAAUUCUUUGUUGGCAUGAUUCUUCGCAACCACGAAAGCACAUUAGAUCAUGGACGGGUUCUUUAUUGUCUCAAUAUCGUUUAUUGGUACAUACGGAUAUUGACAAUCUUGAGAGUGUCUAGAUUUCUUGGUCCAUUCGUCACUAUGAUCGGAUGGAUGCUCCAGCGGAUGGUUUACUAUGUUACUUUGAUGUUGGUGGUGCUCAUGUCGUACGGCGUCUUCCGCCAGUCGGUUCUGUUUCCUCACGAAGAAUUUUCUUGGUUCCUGGUGCGCGACAUCUUCUUCAAACCUUAUUUCAUGAUAUACGGAGAGCUGUUUGCCGACGACAUUAAUCCACCUUGCGGAAAUGGAACCAACCCGGACGGAUCCUUCAAUCCGGACAUGCCUCCUUGCGAGACUGGACGGUGGCUUAAUCCACUCCUCAUGACGGCCUAUCUAUUGAUGAUCAACAUUCUGAUGUUGAAUUUGCUCAUCGCUGUCUUCAAUUCCAUUUUCUUAAAAACCAAUGUUCACUCGCACAAAAUUUGGAAGUUUAAUCGAUUCGCCGUAGUUAUGGAGUACGAUCAGAAACCAGCUCUUCCGCCACCAUUCAUCGUCAUGAACCAUUUCCGUCUGUUUACCCAAUGGUGUAGAAGACGAUAUGCAGGAGUGAAAGAGUCGUAUGAUUGCGGACUGAAACUUUUCCUCGACAAGGACAGUCUGGAAAGACUGAACGAUUUUGAAGAAGAAUCGAUGGAAGGGCUGGUCCGUGAAAGAGAAGUGAAACACAAUCAAACGAACGAGGAACGCAUUCGGCUGAUUGGCCAACGAUUGGACGGUUUGAAUUCCAAAUUUGACGAUUCCCAUCACCCAGAUAACGCCCUUAUUCUUGUGGAUUCGCUUGAAUCACGUCUCAAUCUGUUGGAGAGAGCAAUCGAACGUGCCACCAACACCUGUCUCGCCUUCAACGAUUACGUCAUCUCACAAGAGUCGUUUCGUCAGUCUUCUGGUGAAAAAACGUCAUCAGUGACACCAUCGGAAGCCACAACUGUGAUAGCCAGCGCCCUAGAUGGUGAAAAAUGGACUUCUACUCCUCACCACUCGGACACAUCUUCAAACAAUUCCGAUAAUGAGCCGGUUGAAGGCGAUGAAAGUGAACACGGCGAUACAAUGGCUCACAAAGAUUCUUUUCCUAAAACGUUGGCAAGCGCUAAUAAAAUUGUGCGACGAGCAUCUACUUCCCAUCUACUCAAUAGAAAGAUGAUUCUAAAGCGGCAAUUGACGGAAGUACAUGACGAGGAAGAAAACAACCGGAAAACAACAAUGUCAUCACUUUUAUUCCGAGGUAAUAGUCGAGAAAAGCAUCGUCCCUUUGCGUCGGCCAAGGUGGUGGCCGAAGCCGAACGCCUGCGAGAGCUGGAAGGCGACGUAUACCACAUGAUGGAAGGAGUUAUUCGGAGGAGGCGUCAUCGCGACUCGGAAAACUUGGAUGCCUCCUUAGAUGAAAUGAUCCGUACAACACCUAUUCAAUUUGAAGAAAUCGGCACUUCAACCGACGAUGACGAGAUGGAUACAAAUAUUCUGGAAUCGUUGGCCAUCGACAUCGAAGAUUCUCCAAUCAUGCCAGAAGAGGCCACUCACGAUGCACUCGAUUCCAACAAAUAAUUGAUGCGUUGGUAGCACUUACUAAACUGGAUUAGAUACUAAAAUUUUACAAUCACACCGGAGCGCGUUUUUUGAAUGUAAAGCUUCUGACUUUGACGUUUUUUAAUAAUUAUCAAAGAGAACAAGCCAAAAGGUUGUCGGAAUCAUGCUGAUUUUAUAGCCAAGUGAAUAAAAGUUUCACAAUUGUUUUCAAAU